CAUUUAGUUUUAUGAACUAGAUUGAAUGAAAUUUUUGAGUCCGGAGUGAGAAGAGAGAGAGAGAGAGAGAUGAUGAGGGAGGUGUAAGAAACUGAGUAUGUUAGCAUUUUCUGACCUAAAGCUUUUAUCUUUCUGCUUUGUUUCAAGUUUGUAUCUUUCAUCUCAGCUUCAUACAAUACAAUACAAGGUUUCUUUAGAUCUAUUUAUUCUGGAUAAAGGGUGCUUUGUGAUCUAGCUUAGGAGUUUUGGUCAACUUACAUUAACUAGCAAGUUUUAGGAGCAUAUGCUUGUACUGGUUGGUUAUAGUCCAUCAGAAGUUCACAAAAGAGAUACUUAUUCUUGGGGUCCUACUACGGAAUGUCUUUCCGUAGCAUAGUUCGUGACGUUCGUGAUAGUUUUGGGAGCUUAUCUAGGCGUAGCUUUGAUGUCAAACUUACUGGCCAUCAUCAUAGAGGAAAGUCUCAUGGUUCUGUACAGGAUUUGCAUGAUCAGCCUCUUGUAAUUCAAAAUAGCUGCUGGGCGAACUUACCCCCGGAAUUACUAUUUGAUGUUAUUCGGCGACUAGAGGAGAGUGAGAAUACAUGGCCUUCAAGAAAGCAUGUAGUUGCAUGUGCUUCUGUUUGCCAGUCUUGGAGGAAUAUGUGCAAGGACAUCGUUAGGAGCCCAGAGUUCUGCGGCAAACUAACGUUCCCCGUGUCCCUGAAGCAGCCAGGGCCACGAGAUGGAAUCAUUCAAUGCUUUAUCAAAAGAGAUAAAUCUAACUUAACAUACCACCUAUUCCUUUGUCUGAGCCCUGCUUUGUUAGUUGAAAAUGGAAAAUUCCUCCUCUCUGCUAAGAGGACCAGGAGAACAACCUACACUGAGUAUGUUAUUUCAAUGGAUGCUGACAACAUCUCUAGAUCAAGUAAUACUUACAUUGGAAAACUGAGAUCAAACUUCCUUGGAACAAAGUUCAUCAUAUAUGAUACACAGCCUCCCUGCACUUCUGCCCAUAUAUGCCCUCCGGGGACUGGGAAGACGAGCCGUAGAUUUUCUAAAAAGGUAUCGCCAAAGGUCCCAUCUGGGAGUUACAACAUAGCUCAGGUAACAUAUGAACUAAAUGUGCUCGGAACUCGAGGCCCAAGGAAGAUGCAUUGCAUUAUGCAUUCAAUACCAAAUUCGGCACUUGAUGCGGGCGGCUCCGUUCCCGGACAGCCAGAGCUAAUUCACCGUUCCCUGGAGGACUCAUUCCGGAGCAUCUCAUUUUCGAAGUCUCUAGAUCAUUCCAUCGAGUUCAGCAGUGCACGGUUUUCUGAGAUUGGGGGAUCCUGUAAUGAGGAUGAUGACGGCAAGAUGAGACCUUUGGUUCUGAAAAACAAGCCGCCAAGAUGGCAUGAACAAUUACAGUGCUGGUGCCUUAAUUUCCGGGGACGAGUAACUGUUGCAUCUGUUAAAAACUUUCAGUUGAUUGCUUCCACCCAACCACCUGCUGGGGCGCCGACACCAUCUCAACCAGCACCACCAGAACAUGAUAAGAUUAUUCUGCAAUUCGGCAAAGUUGGGAAAGAUAUGUUUACCAUGGAUUAUCGAUAUCCUUUAUCUGCAUUCCAAGCUUUUGCAAUAUGUUUAAGCAGCUUUGACACCAAGUUGGCUUGUGAAUAGUUUUAAUCAUGAAGUAGAGAGAGGCCUUUAAAGUGAACUAAUCAAACUUUGGUGAUGGUAAAACUCUCCUUGUUUUUAUAUCUAUCUCUGUCUUAUUCUUAUUACUAGUGUUAUGGGAUUAGGCCAUUGUUAUUGCUCAGAUGCUGUAUAACUAUAUUGUAACCUAUGUAUUAGGGUUUAAAGCAUUUUUAACUUAAAAUGUUGCUGUGUUUCUUUCUCAGUAGAUUCAUGCGUACCAAGGCCAUGUUAUCCUUGUACCAACAAACUAUCUUAGGUUAUGUCGAAAAAAGAAACAAUCUAUCAUAAGUUUAAA